ACUCCCCUCGCGCGGUCCCAUAACAUGAAUCUCCCUUGACUAUUGGCUCGCAUUUGGGUAGAACGUGGGUAUUGGCCAAUCAUAAACAAGAAUAUGUAUAGUGCCAUUGACAUUCUCUGAGCUGAAGUUCAUAUAAAUAGUGAUUAUUUACAGCUUCUCGUGCCCAGCAAUCUUGGGGUCGCUUAUUAGCCUAUGUCUACUGAUUCAUUCAUUGUAUUGUGUAGAAUAAAAAAAACUCUUUCGCGAGGCAUUCCAAAUAUUUUGUUGGGACGUGAUUGGAUCCACUGAAAGGCAACUGUCUAUACUGAUGAGAGAGAAGGUGGUCAAGUCAAACUAAAAAAAAAACAAUUUCUAUUCACAGCUCACAAUAACAGCGAGUUUAAGAAUUGCCUUACUACUGGUAGUGGUACAGUGCCGAAAAGUGGGAGGGAUUUGACGUCUGUUUAGCCGUGUGUGGUACAUUUUCUCUUUCCUGUGCUCAAACAAAGUUUAAUUAAAGAGAAGUGAUGGCCGCGGCCUCUGUGGAUGCACCGGAACAGGUACAGGACGAGCUUGAGGAUAAUAAGAUCAAGCUCAUAACAGAAGUCUACAGACCUAUACUUAUAGAGAAUCUCGAUGUGAGUGAUAUUGCAGAACAUCUGAAGGUUCAGUUUGUUGGGAGAGAUGACGGGGACGGCAGUCAUGAGAUGUUCAACGACGUUCUUGAGUUGAUCGACACAUCAAAGGCGACACGUAAAGAAAUAACAAACAAAUUCCUAGAUGCACUCGAUGCUAAGAAAGACAAAAGAGGGCUCUAUCGCGCUGUUGUCGAUGCUCUCUACCAAUCAGAUAACGAUGCAAUAGCACGCCAUUUGGAGGGAACACGGCAACUCGACACAAAGAAAAGGGGACAGUAUCGCUCUUUCCUUUGGCUCUACGCUAGUCUAUUGGAGGACAUCGAACCUCUCUGCCUCAUUGUCGAUCUGAAGGAAUAUCUAACGAAGCGAGAUAGUGAAAAAAUACGACAGACGGUGUGUAAUCAAGGUAACUGUGCAGGCGCCUCAGAACUUCUCUUGAGACUGGACCGUAAAUCAGAGGACUGCUUCAAAGAAUUCAUCCAGGCCCUUAAAAAUCAUGGCGUACACAAGCUUGCAAAGGAGAUGGAGGACAUGAAGAAGUUCGCCUUAGGAAUCAGCGCAGAUGAUGAUGAUAAUGAUGCUGACAAUGGACUCGAUGGCGAGGAUAUUCAAGUAGUCGGCAACACAGAGAACACGAGAGAGGAGGAGUUAAAACAAAUUAGUCUCAGUCUCUAUGACUACCAAGAAGAGGUCCUCACACCAGCCCUGCAGAGAAAGAACGCCAUGGUUGUCCUACCGACGGGGACAGGAAAGACGGAAGUCGCCAUCGCUCUAAUAGAUCGGUUGUUCCUAAACAGGGGCCCACAGAAAACUGUGUUCGUAGUGAACAAAGUUCCUUUAGUGAAGCAACAGAAGGACAGAUGUCUGAAAUACUUGGAAGGAAAAUGCAUGGUCGCUGGGGCAAGCGGCGAGGAGUUAAACCAUGUGCCGUUAGACAUCAUCAUAAAAAACAACGACAUCGUCGUCCUAACGGCACAGGUGCUCGUCAACGCCCUAAAAGACGAGAACAUUCAGCUUACACUCUCCGACAUCGCACUCCUUAUUCUUGAUGAAUGUCAUCACUGCCAGAAAUCCAAUCCUUAUAAUGUUCUGAUGGCGUUGUACAGAGAUCUUAAACUCAAUUUCCCUAGAAGGCCAAGACCACAGAUUCUUGGCCUGACAGCGUCCCCUGGUGUAGGUAAUUCGAAGAAUACCGCCCAAGCUGUGGAAUACAUCACUAAGCUAUGUGCUAACCUAGACUGUAGAAUAUCAAGACCAAUCAAUUACACUCGUAAGCUCGGUAACAAGAAAAACUCGCCCGAGGAGAUCCAGAAAAUAGUGAAAGGAAGAUCACUAGAAGAUGGCUACUUUCGUGAGAUCAGUGUCAUCAUGGAACGCAUAGAAGAUAGAAUCAAACAUGUGGAAGCCGGGAGGACACUGGUAGAGGAAAAUGAUGAAUUCACUAAGAUGGCAUCCCGCCGGGGUACACAAGGAUAUGAACAGAAUGUUGUCAAUUUGAGGAAGAAAAUUCAACAGGAGGUGGAGGACGAGGAUGACAGGAGAGAGCUAAUGACUUGUGUUAAUUAUUUGAGGCAAUACAACAAUAGCUUAUUCGUGAACCGCGAUGCGAGGACGUCCGAUGCUAUCGCCUACAUGGAAGCGUAUAUCAGCGAGGAGGAGAUAAGUAACCCUUCUGGUCCGGUCGAUAUGAUACUCAAGAAGAUGUUCAGAGAUAAGCUUGACAAUUUGAACAGAAUUGCCAAUCUGCAUGUCAAUAGUGUCAAUCCUGUAUUGAAUGAGCUUGGGAAUCAGUUAAAGAAGGAGUAUAAGAAGAAUGCAGAGUCCCUUAGCAUCAUCUUUACAAGGACAAGAGAAUCAGCCAAGGCUUUGGUCAAGUGGCUGAAUGAAGACCCUGAGCUUGGGCAUCUGAAUGCUGACUUACUGAUUGGGAGCGGCAAUCAAGGUAUGACGUCAACAGAACAGAACAGGAAUCUGCAGUUGUUCAAGGAUAAGAAAUACAAGAUCAUGGUUGCCACGUCGGUCGCAGAAGAAGGUCUGGACAUCACAGACUGUAACAUGGUUUUCAGAUACAACUACGUCACCAGCGACAUUGGCCAUGUUCAGACUAAAGGUCGAAGCCGAGCCAAAUACAACGGGAAAAUCGUCGUCAUUGUGAAUUCAGAUCUUCAGCUUCAAGACCGUGAACUUAAGAAUAUCAUAAGGGUGAAGAUGAGCGAACAAGCUAUCAAAAACGUCGCCGAUGCCGCUCUCAAUGAUGCAAAAGCCUUUGAAGAUAAAAUUGCUUUGGUACAGAAGAAAGAUCAGAAAGAGCGACAACGGGAAAAGGAACUUGCACGAGCCAACAAGGCAAAGAAAGUAGAGAGAACAGGCAUUGUCCUCCAUUGCAUCAAGUGCUUUCAAGAAGCCUGUUCUCUGGAUGACAUCAGGUGCAUCAAAAACCAGCAUCAUGUGGUUAUGAACGACCUCUUCCGAGGAAAGAUUCAGCUUGUUGAUCUGAAGAAGCAGCCUCUGAUCGACGAAUUCAAACACCAGCAGAAGAUCCAUUGUGGCAACUGCCAGCAUAAAUGGGGCUCCAUGGUGGUGUACCAACAAGAAGAGCUUCCGUUGAUCGCUGUCAAGAACUUUACACUGAAAGAUGGAAACGGCAGGAAAUUGUUUCCCAAAUCCUGGAAGGAAGUACCUUUCGUGGUCCACGCUAUAGAUAUCAAUGAUCUGGGUAAGCAGAACAACGAAGGUGCAGUUGCUGACCCAGAAGUUGUCCAGGAGAACGGAGAGAUCGAAGAAGACGAUGGCCCCAUCGAAUUCUCUAACAUCAUGCAGGUUGACGACUAGGUACUGUAGCAUGUGAGUGACUCAAAGGGAGGAAACGAUAUUGUUCAUAUAAUAAAAAUGAUAAUCUUCCGAAUCGUGUUCACGUUGGAAGAUGAGAACUUUGCAUUAAGAUAAAGGAGGAUAUUUUUAUAAUGUUCCAUUGGUACGACUCUGGUAUGAAUAUGAAGAUAAUAUUUAGGAGAAGAUCCACAAUUUUAAUGUCAAUAAUAAUCACGAUCUAGCAUAGAUUUCAAACUUUAUCCUUAUACACUUAAUGUAUGUGACAUGCAAUGACAAGAGAGAUGUGCUUUCAAUGAACUGUUGAUUAUCAGAUUACAUUGUAUCAUUCAGCGUUGGUAUACAAAUUGCACGAUUCAUCGAAAAAAUUAGCGAUUAUAGCGAGUCAUAGACACAAAACAGAUCAUUCAAUCAUAAAUUAUACAUGAUAUGAAGUGCCGUACGGACAUUGCAUUGUGGGACAGAUUUUAUGUAGUUGCAUUGGCUUUAAACCAAAUUCAAAGACAGUCUUGAUCUGUACUUCUUGAUCGGUACUUUCUAUGUCUAUUGGUAUUGAUUGGUUAAUAUUCUGAGCGCGCGUUCUUACUGAAAUCAAUAAUGUUUUCGAAAAUCAAUAUGUAGAUUUUAUUGAGAAUUAUUUAAUAAUUUAUGUUGCGCUUCAUCUCAUUUUCUCUGUCGGUCUGUCGGUAAUUCAACCGCCCUUGCAGAAGUGAAUUUUAGGUGACAAUCUGAGGCAGUAAUUGUCUCGCUAAGAAUGUCAAGAUCCUUGAUCGCAGUAAGAGGAUAAAGAGGCCAAAUAAAAAUGUUAUGUUAUAAUGAAACAUACUUUCGCAAUAAAUUUUGCCUCUGUUUAGGGGAAGAAGGCGAAUCAUGUAAUUAAUGAUUCGUGAACAACCACAAUGUCACAUUUUACCAAUUAGCUAGGGUUAAUUAUCACGAAAUAUUGUGUUUUUUUGAAAUUCCUUAAAGCUUAACAUAUUUCGUGCACCUUGGGUGCUCUCAUUGAAUCAAGCAUUCUGGUGUAAUAUUAUAGUUUAACAUGAUUUUUUAACUGAAUGUUAGUUUUUGGUUCGGCCAGGUGAAUUUUAUGGCUUCAAAACAUUCUAUUUGUGAGCGUUUUAGUGGUAACUACACAUAAUGGUCUUGAGGUAUAACCGCCUUCCAUUAAUACCAUUAUUGUCAUUUUUUUACGUGACGUGAUUUCAGUUUUACUACGUCGUUGACUAAUCUUAAGCUGUUUCAAUGUAUGUCAAAGUAUUUACAAUAUGAUUUUAUUUGUCCCUCUUUGGUUUAAACCACAUUUAUUAUGAAAUGUUAUUCGUGUGACCCUUAAACACUUCUCAGUUCAUCGUCAUUCUAUGCGCUGACGUCAAACCAAAAUUAUUUUACUGUUUUAAGAAUUAUAAACUCGUGUAAACAUUUUAUAUUUUCUUGUACUGGUUUCAUAUAGUCACAACAAACAAAUCCGGAAUUUAAUCGCUUUUUUGCCAAUUUAAUAUUUAUUCAAAUUUACUCAAACUUUCGACGUUCCCCAGGUCUUUAUCCCGAGCAAAUUACAAUGAUAAGAUCAAUCGUAAUUACAGGGCGCAUCCUUAGACGUUGCUAUGAUAACUGGCUGAUAAACGCAUGUAUGUAUAUAGAUUAAUUUACCAUGUAUGAUAUAUUUUCGUGGCAAACUUUAACUUCUGUAGUUUAUGUAUAACUAUAUAAAUAUAACUAUUACUAGAAAGAGAA